GGGUAUUGUUAACCCCUUUAACAGAGGGGGAGAAUUGGGAAAGUUGUGAAGUCAAAGGGAUCGGGCCCGGAGUGAUUUCCUCAAGGCCACGAAGCGAGCCAGCGUCAGAGGUAAGAUUAGAACAAAGGUUAGAUUAAAUUCCAGCCAAAAAUGAACCAUCACAAAAUUCAUCCUGUAAAAUAUAUAUUUUUUAAAAUCAAGAUGGCAUCGUUUUUAAAAACAUUUUUGUUAAAUAGAUUUUUUUUUCAGUCCUGCCUGACAUAAGUAGCACUUCUCUCCUCAGAGCACUUCACUAACACUAGCCAGGCUGCAAAGAAGAUGGGGAAAGGAGCUAAAAGGACUCCACAGACCCCUAUUUGCAUCCCAUUCACAUGUGCAAGCCCUUGCCGCUCCCCCACCCUCGGCUGAGCAGGAGGGAGCUGACUAUUCUUGCAGCUCUUGUUGUCUUGGGACUCUUGGCAGAAGUUCAAGGAGCAGCACCAGCAGCAGCAGGCGGCCAGAGGAGAGGGCGCCGAGCGCGCAGGCGCUUCGAGGCACUGUCGAAGAAUCGAGUCACUGGAGCAGAGCGCACAGGCGGCGGCUGCUGCUGCUGGAGUCCCCGCCCCAGUGCGAGCGCCCGGGCUGCAGUAGUGAGCGAGCGAGCGGGACAGGCGGAGUGAGCAGCGCACUGGAGUAGGCAGCCGAGUGUGCAGCAACUGGGCUAUGCGCUUUCCCGCGUCCCAGUGACUCCAGCCGGGAGGCUUCCGCGCCCGGGAGCCGCUUGUUUGCAGGGGGCGGGCAAUCGGCGGAAGAUCCUGCGGCAGCUGCAAAGCCCGAGCCUGCCCGUUUGGUCUCCGGUUGCUGGAGGAGGAGGACGCGCGGGGGGCGCUCGCUGCCCCUGGGCUGGGACAUGUCGUCCGCGGCGGUGGCGGCUGCUUCCCGCAGGCAGUCGUGCUACCUGUGCGACCUGCCCCGCAUGCCCUGGGCCAUGAUCUGGGACUUCACCGAGCCCGUCUGCCGGGGCUGCGUCAACUACGAGGGGGCCGACCGGGUGGAGUUCGUCAUCGACACGGCGCGGCAGCUCAAGCGGGCUCACAGCUUCCAGGAGGGCCGGGCCCCGCCGCCGCCCCACGCCAAGCAGCCGCCGCUCAGCGCUAAGGAGAUCCUGGUGCAGCAGCAACAGCAGCAGCUGAACCACACGGCCGUGGCGGGCGACGCGGUGCCACGGCCCCCGCCGCAGCCCCUGGAGCGCUACCCGCUGGCGGCCGCCGCUUCCUCCGAGCGGCAGCCGCCCCGCCUGGGAGCCGAGUACGGGGGCAGCCGGCAGGUGAACGGGAUCCUGGUGCCCAACGGGUUCCCCAAGCCCGAGGAGCCGCCCGAGCUGAACCGGCAAAGCCCGAACCCCCGGCGGACACACACGGUGCCGCCCACCCUGGUGCCGCUGAUGAACGGAGCCUCCCUGCCCGCGCCCAUCAGCAUCAACAGCCGGGCCGCCGCCGCAUCGCUGGCCGCCAUCUCCGGGGCGGCCGCCUCCAUGCAGGUCUCCGUCUCCCAGCAGCAGCCGCCACCCGGGGAGCUGGGGCACAAGCGGCCCGGCUCGGUGUCCUCCAGCAGCAGCAGCAGCGCCGGCGCGGGCGAGCACGAGAGCAAGGAGAAGCAGCCGCGGGGCUCGGCGGAGGAGCUGGGGGUCGAGGGCAAGGGCCGCGGGGGAGCGGAGCAGGAGUGGCUGGGCAAGCCCAAGACGGUGCGGGACACGCUGCUGGCGCUGCACCAGCACGGGGGCCACGCGGUGCCCUUCGAGAGCAAGUUCAAGAAGGAGCCCGGCAUGGCGGGGAGCAGGCUGCUGGGGUACGAGAGCAACGGGGCCGUGGCCAAAGCAGGGGCUCGGGCAGCGAGGAAGAGGAAGCCUUCCCCAGAACCAGAAGGUGAAGCUGGACCCCCUAAGAUCAAUGGAGAGUCACAACCCUGGUUGCCAACCUCAUCAGAGGGGAUGAAAAUGUCCAUGACUGCUACAUCGUUCAUGUCCCCACCACCACCAACUGCCUCGCCUCAUUCCAACCGGACCACACCGCCUGAAGCAGCCCAGAAUGGCCAGUCUCCUAUGGCUGCGCUCAUUUUAGUAGCAGACAAUGCAGGGGGCAACCACUCCUCCAAAGAUGCCAACCAAGUUCACUCCACCACCAGGAGGAAUAGCAACAGCCCACCCUCGCCGUCCUCUAUGAACCAAAGAAGGCUGGGUCCAAGCAGGGAGGUUCCAAGUCAGGGGACAAACACUGCUGGGGGAUUGGAGCCGGUGCAUCCUGCCAGCCUCCCGGACUCGUCUCUAGCAGCCAGUGUUCCCUUGUGCUGCACCCUGUGCCACGAGCGCCUGGAAGACACCCAUUUUGUUCAGUGCCCCUCAGUCCCUUCCCACAAGUUCUGCUUCCCUUGCUCCAGACAAAGCAUCAAACAGCAAGGAGCUAGUGGCGAGGUGUAUUGUCCCAGUGGGGAGAAAUGCCCUCUGGUGGGCUCCAAUGUCCCUUGGGCUUUCAUGCAGGGGGAGAUUGCAACCAUUCUUGCAGGAGAUGUGAAAGUGAAAAAAGAGAGAGACUCGUGACUUUUUCCAGUUCACAACCCAACAUCACCUGUAACUGAAACUGCUUGACUUGUGUAUAUAUCUAUAAAUAUAUAUAUAUAUAUCUCCAAGACAAGGGAAAUGUAGACUUCAUAAAACGUGGCUGUAUAAUUUUGAUUUUUUUGAAUACAUUGUGUUUCUAUAUUUUUUUUUGAAGACAAAAGGUAUGUACUUAAAGGCAUUUCCUCUUUUUGUUAUAGCAACUAUUUGUUGUGCUUCCUUGGUGACAGUUACUGUUCAAUGUAGGCUGUGACUUGCGCUGCUUUUUUUAGAGAGCACUUGGCAAACCAGAAAUGCUUCUAGCUGUAUUUGUAUGCACUUGUUUCUUUUUAAAAUGCCAAAUACAUUUUCUGACAUUGUAAAGAUCGCCUUACUGUCUGUGAUUCCUUAUUCUUGGGCCUUGCUCAGAGUCAAGCUGGAUGCGUGCAGAUUUGAUAUGAAAUGGUAGUGGGGGAAAAGAGAUUGGUAGGGUGAAAUGGGAUGUCACCAUUACAGCGGAAAGGCAGGUGAAUAUUAGAAAGCACAAGUGGUUUCUUUCUGAAACAUUGUUCUCUUGUUGCAAUGGCAAAUUUUUUAGACUGAGUCCAAUUCCACUGUUUCUAGAAGGAAGUUGCCUUCAUAGUAGGAUGUUGAGAGAUGUCUGAGAGGUGCUGCUGAGUUAGGGAUUUCUGGGUUGUUUGCUUUUUUUUUUUUUCUAAAAGGAAAAGUUGACCACAGUUCAAGUGAUUGGUUGUAAGAUUACAGAACUGCAUGUAUUCAUUGAUUACAUAACGUUAAUGCAGAAUUUUGGUAAUAAACUUAAUUACUAUAUUGGUGUAUACACCAGUAUAGCACUGCCAUCUUUAAAGAUCCAUAGCUCUUUUAGUGCCACUCACAUACUAUUUAUGCUUGGGGAAAACUAUUUUUUUUUUUAAUUUGCACAUAGUGCAGGUGAACUUUGAGUUUGCUUAUCAGUUACAUAUAGUACUGUUGGUAUUAUUAACUAUCUCUUACAUCAUAUUUCCAGGUAGUGGCAGGUACAAGAUGGUACAAUGACAGAAGCAACUGAGAUGCUGCCAGGAUUGCCUUCGGGCAUAUCAGUGACAACCCAAAUGUGGGUGGAAGAAACUUGUAAUCUCUGUGUUUUUUUUUUUUUUU